AUGAGCAAUAUCACCAGUCCGAGCUCCUCUCCGGCUCCAGGAUCGAGCAUGACCCACCGAAACUCCCGAAAUCCAUUCGUUUUCGACGCAGGCGAUGUCCCGAUUCGUGUUUCGUAUAAGGGCGAAGUUCGUGUAGGCAAGGUAUGCUCGCAAGCCCUCAUCCACGGCAGUGCGGUUUGGAAAAAGUUCGUCUUCCCGCCAUGGAACGUGUCACGGAUAGACCACUCCUUACCAGAAUCAUCCAAGUCAGCUGUCAAAUCGUGCUCCUCGACGGGUUCCUUCGAGGAGAUAAAUUUUAUCGAGGAUGAUGGGGAGGCACUACUGGUGCUGAUGAAUAUCAUACACCUGAAGCACCGACUGGUACCCAGGAAACUCCAGUUCAGUGCCUUGCUCCAAAUUGCCGUCCUUCGCGAAAAGUACAUGUGUGUCCAGCUAGUCCAGCCAUGGCUGAAAACAUGGAAUGACAAUUUGGAAUUGAGGAGUAAAUACCCAUUGGCCGAGCAGGUUCUGUACACACACUGGGUAUUUGGACAAGAGGAAGAAUUCGAAAAGAUUGCCAAGGCAAUGGUGCUGGACGUCAAGACAAGUGAGAAAGGAGAGCGUUUGAACAAGUAUAAAUGGUUGUGGGCUGAGCCCUACCCUCCUGAUAUCGUCGAGCACAUCUUCCGAAUCCGUCAGCAAACAAUUACCAACCUUCUCGCCAUUCCCUAUGCCAUGGUCUCCAAAUAUGAAAGGACCAACGACAAUAUCUGCCAACUCGGAGAUAUCAGCGGCGAAGACAAUGCCUGCGAUGCAAUUUCCUGGGGAAGCCUUACUCGUGGCAUGCAGCUAGCUGGUCUAUGGCCAAUAAAGCCGUCCGAGCAGAUAUACCUCAGUGUUGAUGAGGUCGUAUCAGCUAUUGAAAGCAUCCACAUCUAUCAUUUCCACACGCAUACAGAUUGCGGGAAAUCGAACUUCCAGCAGGAUGUCGCGAGGGUUCUACGGCGGAUUGAAAGUCCGGUGAUGGAAGCUCAUAGAAGACAUAUGGCGCGUCAAAGAGAGGGUGUGGAUUAG